GUACAUACAUUACCUCCUGUCAUCUCAUUCUUGUCAUCAACUACAUCCACAAUAGUAACAACAACAGCAACAGCAACAGCAACAGCAGCAACAGAAUCAACAACACACGCAGAUACUUGUCCUUCUACCUUCCUCUCAUCCCGCUGUCCAUCGCCGGCUAAAGUCAUUCUCAAUCGCACAUCAUCCUACCCCUUGCGCACUUACAAAAAAGAAAUCCAUAACAAAACUCGGUCCAAGCGCAUUUAUUGCGCUUUUGUUGAAUGAGAGCCUGAGGAAGAAAGUAUCGGCUUCUGACUACACGUCAAGUAUCGCAAUGCUGUCAUCUUGCACAACGCUCCCAUUGCGACGACUUCGUACCCCUUUUGGCGCGCCAUGUUUUUUGCGUUUUAUGGACGUAUUUAGACCAAGAAGUGCUAGUUUCCCUCAAAACUUCACUGUGGAUAUAGCGCGUCAGGGGCAAAGAAAUUCUAGCCGAGAUGCCACUUCGACUCAUGUCAAAUCAAGGUCAUAUGACUAUGCAACAAUGGCAGGAAUUCCUAGAGUAGUAUCACCCCAACGACAUGUUACUACGUUGACUACCGGUCGACCGAAAUAUAGCUCGCCUGUGAAAAAAUCAGAAAAAGCCGUCCAAUCAUCAUUGAUAUCGUCUUUGAUAUCAUCGACGCCGUUAUCAUUGUUAUCAUCAAUAUCGUCAUCAGCGCCAAAAACACAGAGGUCUAUAAGCUUUCCUCGACCAGGGAAUUUAGUACCACCUGGUCCGGAUGCAUUACCCUAUCUGGAUUUUAGAACGAAUGAUUCAAGAGAAGUUUUUUAUACGAAUAAUGAAGAAGAAGCUAACCUUUGGCUGGAGUCUCCAGAAUCAAGCCGAACGAAAAUGUGGGCAUUUGAUCUCGAAUGGAAAGCAUACGACUAUAUAACGCGAGGAACCGGCCGCGUGGCACUUGUCCAACUUGGUAACGAUAAAACCAUCUAUCUCUUUCACGUGAUCCACAUGAACAAGUUUCCAUCAGUGCUUGCCCGUAUCUUGGAGGACCCACGAGUCCUUAAGGUCGGUAUUAAUAUCCAAAAUGAUGGAACCAAGCUCAUGAAAGAUUGGGGCGUUGGGUGUGCCAGCCUUGUGGAAUUAGGUGUACUCUCGUUUCAGCUCCAGCCUGACCCAUCACAACGUAUAGUCCGCAGCAUGACAAACUUAACAAGGGAGUUGCUUAAGCAUGAUGUUAAGAAAAACAGUAGUACAAGAAUGGGUGACUGGGAUCGCAAGUGUUUAUCAUCAAAGCAAUUAGCGUAUGCUGCAAAUGAUGCGUUUGUUACAUACAAAGUUGCGGAAAGAAUCAAGGAAUUGCAAAUGCUUCAGCCUCCGCCUAAACAGGAUUAUAUUGUACGACUUAUAACGAUCGGUGCUGACGGAGCCAUACGUUCUGAUGUGCGUGGCACGUUACAGGAGCGUGAGAACCAUGCUAUGUCAAUCCUGGAUCUUGUAGAUCGACCGUUAAAAGGCUCUGCAGUCAAAAAGUCUUCACCACUGGGAGAUGAGUUGCCUUUGAGCACGACUACAGGUAUUACACCUGCAACAAAAGUUACAAUGGCUGGACACAACUCUACAAUUAGGGCGCGAAGGAAACAAAAUACUAAAGCAAAGACAUCAGCCGCACCUAAAUCUUUGGAUAAUGUGAUUAUCCGUUUGCAAAAGUCAGAAACCGCCUCUUCUUCCUGGGAUCUACCAUCUGAGUCGCCAAGAAAACGCACUAUAAAAAAGCUGUCUGCGUUGAAGGGAGAUCUCAAAUUUUUCUAUACGAAUAAUGAAGAGACUCAUCAAGCUAUCAGGCACGGAAGUAGAAGCGUCGUCACUGUCAUACCCUUAAAGCAGCGACAGCGAUUUUUACGGCAACAAAAGAGGACAUUCACGGACGAGAGGUUUACUUCUAGAGAGAGUAGUUGCAGAGCUGACAACAACAAUGAUUAUCAUGGAGGAGGUGCCACUUCUGAUAGCAACGGAGCAAUUGAGAUAAAAGGACAUAGGUAUGAUGGCGAUGUUUAUUUGCCAAGUCAGUUGCUACCGGAGCCAUUAGACGGAAAAGACGUGCUUGAAAGGAACCAGGCAGUUUGGCUAGAAUCUAGUGGUAGUGAUCAUUUUGACAGCUCAGCUUUGUUGGACAGAGAAGAUUGGUAUCUAGGACAGAACCAGGCUUUAUUUCAGUCACUUGUGUCAGACUCUAUUGCUGGGGAAGCAAUACCUUCGCGUAGAGACCCAGCGGGGUCAGAAUAAAG